UCAUGCCUCGCCUCAAAGAAACGACAGUCUUGUCAGCUAAUUAUUUCUAACACACAAACAGCAUUCUUGUCUAACAUUGUUUUUCAUGUAAAAUUCUAAGCCUUUUAAAGGCAGCUUUAGUGCUUAGGUGUUCGUCCAGAUUCUUUGCAGCCCCUGCUACUUUGCACUUACAUUACGAAGAAGGUGAAGAAGAAUGGAAACUAAAGAUACCUGGAGCUACCCGUAACAGCUGCAGAAGGAAAUGGGUCGGGUUUUCUCUCGACUAGAUGAAGAUAACACAAGUGCAUCUAAGUGACUUCUACCAUAGCCUCAGCAAACUGAUGAUGAAAAUAAGGAAACUGUGGGAUUACUCCUUUCAGCUUCCCUGGACAAUGGAAGGAGAACCUAUCACCUCUACUUUGUUGCCACCUGGGAAUGUUCCACAAGACGCUACCUUGACCCUGGAGCAGAAAACCACAUUUGUCUUUGUGAUCUUAUUAUUUAUUUUCUUAGGCAUCCUCAUUGUCCGAUGCUUCCGAAUUCUCUUAGACCCCUACAGGAGUAUGCCAACCUCAACCUGGGCUGACAGACUUGAUGGGCUAGAGAAAGGCCAGUUUGAUUAUGCCCUGGCUUAGACUGAGACUCAGAAAUACCAUUUAGAGGAGUUUGGUUUAAAAAAAAAUCCUGGAAUGUAGAUUUGUUUCCCCCCAAUUUUCUCAGAUAUUAUAAAAGCUGCCUUGCAUGACUGCACAAAACAUUAAUUUGUUUUUAAAUAAAUGUCAAAGCGAGUUAAAAUUUGAAGAUAGACUGGUGAUUCUUCUAAUGGAGGGAAAAAAUAAAACAACUGUGCUUCAAAACAUAUUGGAACAAUAUAUAACAUAGAUAGUAUCUUAUGACUCAGAAUAGUACUUUGAUUUGUAGUUGCUGGAGAAAGCCUUAUUGUUUGAAAGUAGCUUUUUUACAAGCAUCAGUAGAUUUACUGGUGGGGUAGG